AUGUCUAAGUCCACAGGAAAAAUCAACAAACGUACAUCUGCGGCCUGUGACUCUUGCUUUGCGAAGAAGGGCCACAGGAUGUUACUUAGUGACCUAACCGUGGUACUGAGCAGAUCAAAUGCGAUGACGCUGUGCCUCGGUGCAACUGGUGCAUGCAUCAUGGCCUUCCCUGUACCUUUACAAGAAAGUUACGGGCUAAGGGAAAGAAAACUCCAGAGUAUCGAUAUCUCCUCUGAUGGAGCAGGCAUUGGCGCCGUUUGCGAGCCUUCUCGGGUUGAGCAUGGGCCUCCUCCUCUCCUUGGUGAAUGGUACUUUGCCGGUAUCAAGCUUGGCGGAAUCAGUCGCCACAAUGGCAUUCCAUUUUUCUCUGUCGAGGGCUUGCGGUGGUUAGAGUCUCGUUGUGGCCAGAACAAGAACUUGGAUCGAUUCGCUAGAUUCUUCCAUUCAUGGGGAACGAACCCGAGAUCCACCUCCGACUCGCUCGGACCUGGGGACAAUCAAGAUUACUCGCAGUUACCAGACAGGGAAAUCAUCGAGGCCUAUUUAGCGUCAUUCCAGUCAUCGGCUCUACAUCAAAUCUUCCCACUUGUGAAAUACUCCUUGUUCAUUGAGACUAUCAGACGUGCAUACCAACGGCCGCAAGAUUCGUCCGAAUCCCUCUCCGAGGUGUCCUGCGUUUAUGCAUUUGCAGCAUUUGUCACAACUAUCGAUUUACGCAACAGCACUUUGCCUGCAAUCGACGGCAAUGAUUGUGCUAAAGAAGCGCAGCGUUUGUUGUCCAAGCUGUCACAAACACCAACAACGUUGGAUGCUUUGCAAACGGUCAUGAUUUUGUGUGCAUUUCGACUGUUGUCUGGAGAUUUAAGUUCUGCGGACAUACUUCUCGCCAUUGCUGUACGUCUUCUUUUCCAGCUGGGUGGAAAUCAAUUUGCCGAUCCAAAUGCUUCUGAGGAGAGGGAUCAAGUAAGGACUCUUUUUUGGUUGUGUUAUAAUAUAGACAAGUGCCUUUUCCUCCGCACUGGUCGUCCUCCAUCUAUUCACGAUGACGACUGUGACCUUACUCUCCCGUCAAACUACAUUGCGAGAACAUCAGAGGGAAGAUUUGAAACAGAGGAAACUAUGGAUUGUUCUAGCCCUUUCUUCCCAUGCGAUCUUCGCUUGAGCAUGCUUAUUUCAAACAUUUACCGAGAGCUAUACUCCGUUCGAGGGCUCCAAAAAUCAGAUGCCGACGUUCUUAUGACAAUCCGAAAGCUUGAUAACGACUUGGAAGCUUGGAGAAUGUCGAUACCUUCACAAAAGAUGCCACGGUCAUCUGCCUCUGAUAGCUCUUCUAUCAGGAUGCUCGAGAUACGCUUCCUUAUGAAUCGACUGGAAUACCACCAAUGUAUGGGUAUUUUACAUCAGGCCAGCAGUCGGUGCAAAUCGUGGAAUGAAGAUAUCCAUGGGAUGUAUGAAGGAAUAAACUCCAGCUUGGCCUUGGCUGUUGAAGCUAGUCGAUCAUCGCUGUUGUAUUUGAAUUUGAUGCAAGGCACGCUUGAUGAGGAAACCGCGUGGUUUGCCAUGUUCUAUCCCAUAUCUGCCAUUAUGACGCUGUUCUGCUAUAUUCUCUUAAAACCUCAGGAUCCGCGCGCAGCUGACGACCUUCACCUGCUGACCAAAGUCCCCGUGGUGAUGCAGGCAGCAUUGGGUCACCGUUCGGGUUCUAUUGAGCCGAUGCAAGUCCAAUUCGUGGAAGAUUUUGUCGAAGACUUGAGUCAUUUGGCAAUGUCUGCCAUUGACAGGGACAGAUUCUCCCAGCCUGAAUAUUGUUAA